AUGGAAGCCUUUGCUCUUCUGGCCCUACAGUUCUGCGAUGGCGAGAAUCUGAUAUCCCUUUACUGGUCUACAUGGACUAUGACUCAAGUCGGGUCGCUAAUAGCCAUGAUGGGUAUCAUUCUCGCCAUGGCACACUCAUGGAGAAACAGAAGGCAUCCACCAUGGGCUCUUGCUUUAGGAACACCAGUUCUCGUUAUCGCCGGGCUGUUGCACCUCAUUCACGACUGCGUAAAGAAGCGAAUCAACCAGUUCAUGGAAGGUCCUACAAGGAGGAAUAGCGUUCUUUCUGGAAAUGUCGAAGACGACUUUGAGAAUUCGACCUCAGUUUUGGGCGAAUUCAUUGGUUUCACAGUGGACGGCGGCCCUAUUGUCCGUUUCAGCGGCCCUGUUCCCCUAAAUCUCAACCCUGACGGUGGUGGAGCCGAAUUACUGGGAUAUUAUGAUGGCACUCGACCUGUGAUAGCAUACCAAAAAGGGUCCAUUCAAUUUGUGCCUGCACCUUCAAAGGGAAAAGCACGCGAGCAGAAUGAACCUCAGCAGCCAGACGAAGAGAAAUGCGAGGACAAAAUACAGGUAGUCCUAUCGGAGACGGUUUAG